AUGUCAGCUAAGCCUCAAGCGAAGAAGAAGAAAGAUGACGAGGAGAGGAACUACGAGUUAGAGAAUGAAAUGAUGAGGAGGAGAAUUCAGACAGUUCGUGAAAUGAUUGAACUGCUCGAAAAGGAAAUCGUCACUACAGGUUUGCACAAGGAUCAGGUUAUUGAAGGGAAGAGAGCCAUGAUGAAGCGUCUUGAGCGAGAAAUGGAAGCUAUGGCACUGGAGUUUUCUGAAAUUCUAAUGAUGAAGACAGCGGGCAGCCUGCUCGUCUGUGCUGUUCUCAUGCAAGGAGUCCUUGCUGGGCCGAAGAGAGGCAGACAUGAUAAUAAAAAAGCUGUGGAUAUUAGUCCGCUACCCGUUGCGGUUUCCCUCCCUCCUGUCGUUGAAAUACCCACUGAGAAGCUGACAAAAUGCUUCGAAGUCCCUUUCUCAGUACAGCAGCCUUGCACAUCAAAAGUGACAAUUCAACAGCCUUACGACUGCGAUGAAUCUGAGCUCCAUGAAGUUUGUACCGAACGCAUGACCGAGGUUCCCUCAGUAUGCUUCGAGACAGUGGUCAGCGAGGAGACGUACGAUUGUCCGGUUACGUCAUCCCAGAAGGUCUGCGUGAAGAUUCCGGUCUCGGAGUCACGCGUGUGCAAGACGAAGACGGUCAAGCAAGUGAAAAAGGAUUGCCCCGCCGUGGACAAGGUGACCACCUGCCAAGUCUUGUCCGACGUCGUCGAAGACGUGUGUCUGGAAAGUGCGGUGGUCGACCAAAAGUACAGUUGCUGGAAAACUGAAGUUCGACAAGAAUGCGAGACACACAUGAUGACGGCGGAGAAUCAGUGCACACGGGAAGUGCAGCAUCCAGUCCCCUACGAGGUUGUCGAGGUCGAAUACGAUACAGUGUGUAAGAAGGUCGAAAAGCCUGUUACUGUCUCAGCUGUUCGAGAGAAAAUUGAAACCGAAGAAUAUCCUUGUCCUGAGAUUGUGCACGUGAAGGAAUGCCAGAAAACCACGAAGCAGAUUCAGAAGCCUUGCAUGAAGAAGGAAAUGCGGCAGGAAAAUUACGAUUGCUCGGAGACGAAGCUGCAGCAUGUGACAAAAACCUGCACGCGGACAGUUCCUCGCGAGAGCUAUAUCUCGACUUGCACGCCAGUCAUUUCUAAGAAACUCAGAAGACUUGGUCCCGCGAAAAAGAGCGAGGAGGAGUGCACGAAAAAGAAAGUGGUUAUUGAAGAGGUAGAAUCGUAUCCGUGUGAAGAGAACAUUCCAGUCGUGGUUCCUAAGAUAUGCCAAAAGGAGGUGGAGGUGGAGGUUGAAUCCUCAUGCGCGGAGACAAUGCCUGACGAAGUUUGCCACAUGGUGCAAAAGACAGUCCCAAAGACAUGUAGUCGACCCAAGAAGGCAGCGGAGACAUAUGAGUACAAGGAUGUGACUUACGAGGAUGUUUGCGAGAAAGUUCCACGAGAAAUCAAAAAGACCGCGCUUAAGAUGGAGACAAGGACAGAGACAUAUCCUUGCGAGACAGCAAAUUUCAAGGAAAAGUGUGUUGACGUGACCGUUCCUGUCCAAGCAGUGUGCCAAGCCAGCAUCAUGAAGACUAUUGAGAAGAAGUGCCCUAGGACUGUUUACAAGUCUGAGUGCCACACAGCUGAAGUGGAAGUCACAAAGCCUUGCUUUGUCGAAGUGGAGCACGAAGAGGAAUACACAUGCUUUGAGCAAGGCUUUAAGGAGAAAUGUUCUACAGUCCCUGUGUAUGAGAUGGGCAAGUGCAAGACGAUUGUCUCCCGCGAGCAGGAAGUGCCCUGCACAAGGCAGCACGCAGUACUCGACUGUACAAUGCAAGCUUUUCCAGUUAAGAAGACGUGCUUCAAAGAGGUGUCAGAUGUUAAAGACGAAGUGUGCUACAGCACUGCCGCGCAGCAAGAAUGUGUUGACCUAAUUGUCACUGCAUUGCCUCCCGUCCCGGCGCCCGGCAAGGAUUGA